AUGUCGGAUAUCUACGAAGCCAUUGAGUAUGCACGAAAGCAGCUUGGGUUUGCAGACUUGAAAGAUAAGCAAUUGUUGGCCAUCAAACACUUCGUCGAGGGAUCUGAUACAUUUGCAAUACUGCCUACCGGUUAUGGCAAGUCCGUUAUUUACAGCUUGCUUCCUGUUGUCUUUGACAGAAUGAGAGGUCAUUGUGGCAGUAUUGUUGUGUGUGUCAGCCCUCUAACGUCACUCAUGAUUGAUCAGAAAUCCAAACUGCUUCCUAGAGGAUUGAAGUGUGAAUUUGUAGGAGAAGCUCAGACUGAUGACAACGCUGUGGGGGAAGUCUUGACAGUCAAAGUGCAAUUAGUUUUUAUAAGCCCAGAAAACCUUUUGGGCAAUCCUACUUUUCGAACAAUGUUUUUAAAGAAGAUCUACAAAGAUAACCUUGUUGCUCUUGUCAUUGAUGAGGCCCAUUGUGUAAAGACAUGGGGAGACAAGUUUCGUGUGGCAUUCGCUAUGAUAGGAACUCUUCGAAAUUUACUUCCAGAAAAGACUCAGAUCUUGGCUUUGUCAGCUACAGCAACCAAACCCACAUAUGAUAAUGUUGUGAGUAGACUGUCUAUGGAAAAUGUGAGUGUUGUAGGGCUUUCGCCCAUGAGAGACAACAUAAGAUAUGCUGUUCAAGCAGUGACAUCACUGGAUGACUUCAGUUCUAAACUUGCCACAGGUCUGAGGCAUAUGCAAAACAUCUUCCCCAAAAUGGUGAUCUUUUGUACUAAAUACGACAACUGUUGGUCACUGUAUCUUCUGCUCAGAUCAAAGUUGAGAUCCCACUUUACAUUUCCAUCAGAUUGUAUUGAUUUGCAAGAAUUUCGUCUAGUUGAUAUGUAUUCGAGUGCCUCCACAGUCGAGAUGAAAGAAAAAGUUUUGAUGUCAUUUAGUAAAGUAGACAGCACAUUGAGAGUUCUGAUAGCUACAACAGCAUUUGGGAUGGGUGUUGACAUUCCCAACAUUAGGUGGAUUGUUCAUUGGAGUCCUCCAAGACUCAUUGAAGAUUAUGUCCAAGAGACUGGGCGAGCUGGAAGGGAUGGCUUGACAGCAACUGCACUGCUUGUAUAUGGACAUUUGCACAGGACAGUUUCAUCCUCGAUGAAGAAGUAUGGACAAAAUUUUACAACUUGUGGUAGGAAGUGCUUAUUUGCUGAUUUUCUAUUUGCGGGUAGUGAAGACAGUGCAGGAAAAGGAUGUGGUUGUUGUGAUGUUUGUGCACUUAGUUGUGAUUGUGGUAACUGCUGUACCUUUGACCUUCCAGUGAAAUAA